AUUUUCUCUGUGAAGAGAAUUAUAUAUGAUGGUUGUUUUCGUAUGGUUACUGCUGAGGGCGCAAUUUACUUUUGUGCGCCAAUUUUAACUGAAGGGUGAAAGAAGCGUUACUAGAAAUGCUAUCUUGGAGCUGAGGGUGCAAUGUCUCAGCAAUGCCUGGAUCCUUAUUCACUCGGUAUCAUCGACUUGCACAAUGCACUGAACCUUCUGUCCCGUAACUGAAGAAUUCCAGAGUUCGUUCGUGGGAUAUGAUGAGCUGUAUCCUGCAGUGCCUGGGGUGCGUGACAAGUGCAUGCUCGGACCUGAACCAGAGGGGUACAUAAAAGUAACUGCAGAGCAACAUAUCUGGAGACGUGUUUUGAUGGCUCCACAAGGGAAUUUACCGGGUCGAUCGUGAGCGCACGUCGAGGCUGGAGGCAGAUCCUGAUCCGCGUGAGAUGUCCAUGGAGGGUUCAUCGUCCUGCAGCAUCGCCCAGCACAAGAUAUUCUUUUAAGGUACGUGUGAAUAACAUACGAUUUCCCAUGUGCGUAGGAUAUGCAUGGAUGGAUUGAUGCUUCCUCUCGGUUUACUGAAUUUGGUCCAGUAGUUUCGAGACACGUUUACGAUGACUCGGUCCAGGGAGCAUAUAUGUAUACAAUUCUACAUUGGUACCUGGUUUUGUUAAGCCUGCGGCGAAUCGCUGCGUGCAACUGUUGGUGAUCUGCAUUAGUCUCCGAUAAAGCUAAAGUUUCUGCCCAUGCAAAAAUCAAAUUUGCAAUAGAAACAAGAACCUAUAAUUCCCUGCAAUUGGAAUUUGGAAGUAAUGGGAGAUACUUUCUUGUUUUCACUAUAACCAUUAUUGGUGUUGUGCUAGUAGUAGCAGGUACCUAAACCCUGACCAAUAUUUGUGAACCUACACACAUAGAAGAAACAUGUCCUCUCGUACGGCGUACGGCUGAUCAAUAUAUAUACCAAGGAAAUAAUUGAAGUUACACAACAAUAACCCACACGCAUUUUAUUUUCUUGGCUACCUUUACACAUGGGCUAGCUAAGCUAUUAGCUAGCUAGCCAUGGCAAUGGAGGUUGAGGGAGGCUGCAUUUAUGGGAGCAUGGCAUCCCAGCUAAUUAUUUGCAUCGCAGUUCCCCAGCAAGCAAGCUUGUUUCAUGCAUGCUAAGCUUGAAUUCAAUACAAGCUUGCCACAACGUCAUCUCCACCUAGCCCCUCUCCCUGUUUAUGUUUAACUAAUCUAAGCAGGCAUCAACUUGGCCUUGAAUGCCACGUGAAGAGAGAUGCAGUGUAUAGAUUAUGUGGCACUGGAACAUGGGGCUUCUAAUUCCACUUCUCUACUAGUUAAUUACCCUACUUAGCUGACCAUAGCAAGGGAAUUAAUCAUGGAUGUGUGUGUCCCUUGGUAGCAUGCCAUCCACUGCUGCCUGUCUCCCUCUUUGCACUUGACGCUAAUAUUCCACUGACAGCUCAAGACCUUGCUGGCUCAUUAAGCUCUGCACACUAGCGCCUACUCGAUUAAGAAACUGCUCACUCUAUAUAAGUAGCCGCAUGCUUGCACGUCUCGUCUCAUGCAUUGACAGAGCUUAGCUAGCUAGCUAGCUGCCAAGAGUUGCCCUGAACCCUAGCUAGUAGCUUCCCGGAACGCCAUCACCAGUAGCUCGAUCUCGCCUAGGUAGGGAACAGUGACACAGGGCAGCUAGCUGCCUGGCCAAUGGCGAGCAAGCGGGCCACCACACGGGAGCUCCGGGCGAUGUACGACGACGAGCCCUCCUCCAUGUCCCUCGAGCUCUUCGGCUACCAUGGCGUGGUCGUCGACGGUGACGAUGAAGACGAUGACACCGCCACCGCCCUCCCCCAGCUCUCCUUCGUCGACAACUUCAAAGGCGGGUGCGGGUCGGCCGCGGUGGACUACUACAGCUGGGCGUACAACGCCUCCGAUGGGACGCCGGGCGCCUCCUCCAGCUCCACCUCGUCGGUGCUCAGCUUUGAGCAUGCGGGCGGUGCGGGCCAUCAGCUGGCUUAUAAUUCCGGCACUGGUGACGAUGAGUGUGCGCUCUGGAUGGACAGCAUGGCGGAUCAUCAGCACGGCGCAGCCAAGUUUGGGUUCAUGAACCCAGGGUCGGACGAUGUCGUCCCAGUAAUCCAGGAGAGCAGCAUCAAGCAGCCGGCCAAGUCUGCGCAGAAGCGCGCGAGCUCGGGUGGUGAGGCGCAAGCGGCGGCGAAGAAGCAGUGUGGAGGAGGCAGGAAGAGCAAGGCCAAAGUUGUGCCUACCAAGGACCCUCAGAGCGCUGUUGCAAAGGUCAGAAGAGAGCGCAUCAGCGAGAGGCUCAAAGUUCUUCAGGAUCUGGUGCCCAAUGGCACAAAGGUGGACAUGGUCACCAUGCUCGAGAAGGCAAUCACCUAUGUCAAGUUCUUGCAGCUGCAAGUCAAGGUGCUGGCGACCGACGAGUUCUGGCCGGUGCAAGGAGGGAAGGCCCCGGAGCUCUCCCAAGUGAAAACCGCGCUGGACGCCAUCCUAUCUUCUCAGCAGCAACCCUAGGCACUUCAUGGAUCCAUGUUGAAUUUUAUCAAAGUUUUAGAUUGAUCGCAGCGCGUGUAAGAACAGAAAAGCAAAGAGAGCACAAGCUCUGUAAAAAUACAUGGCAGAUCAUGUUUUUGUUUCACUCCUUUUAGAUCAAUCCUCCUUGUUUUUAUGUGACCGGUAUUUGAAGUUCUGAUCACUGUAACUAGUCCAAUAAAACUUAGACGAACAUGAUGUUA